ACCAGCUCUACCAGACACCAACAGGGCGAGAAACAUCUACAACUGAAAUCACGGUUCAACUUAAACCAUCUCUUCACAAUGAAGCCUGUUUCACUUCUCGGUCUUCUUCCCCUCGUUGCGGCGGCUCCGCCCCUGAACACGCCCAGUGUCACUCCCAGCAGUGUCCGGGUCGUCGGUGUCUCGCUCCUUGGCUCAGGCUGCCCAGCAGGCACGGCCGAUGUCCAAAUCGAUGCCACCAAGACGCUCAUGGAGGUGACCUUUUCCGAGUACAUCAUCCAGACUGGUCCCGGCACCAAGGCCGCCGACUGGCGCAAGAACUGCAAGCUUACCCUGAACUUGGAAUUUGACGAGGGUUUCCAGUUUGCCACUCUCGGCACCGACAUGAAGGGCUUCGCCCAGAUCCCGGCCGGCGCCAGGGGUCUCUGCACCAACACGUUCGAUUUCACGGGUGUCCCGGGCUCCAGCGUCUACUCCCUGUCGCUGCCCGGCGAGCGGGAGGGCCCGUUCACGCUCACGGCCGACCCCGACGUGGUCUCGUGGUCUCCCUGCGGCGGUACCACUUCCAUCAUGAACAUGAACACUCAGUGCAACAUCUCCCCGACCAGGUCCCAGGCGCUCAUCGCUGUCGAUCGGAUCAGCGGCAAGCUUACCCUCAACGUCUCUCUGGAAUGGAGGAAGUGCCGUUAGGCGACGCCAGGGGUUUACGGGUGCAAAGGGGUUUUGGCCAGCUGUUUCCCUACCUGACAGCGGCCCUUUGACGUGGUUUAUCUUCAUGUUUGCCGAGAUAUUGAGUGACAAACUUAGUUGUACUUGCC